AGAGAACUGGCCUUCACUGGGACUCAGGCUGUGCUCGGCAUCCUGGGUAGCUUGUCCUGCUCAUGGUGGUUCGGACUGUGUUCUUAAGGUCAAAGCGGGAGGUAUCAUUUAAAGAAACUUUCUUACCAGCAAACCUAUGAUAAAAAGUAUAAGUAGCAGAGAAACUCUUAACUGUUAUUUGUCAAGAAACAAGCAUUAAUGUCACAAUGGCUCACCUAAAGCGACUAGUAAAGUUACAUUUUAAAAGACUUUGCCACAAAAAGUUCUGGAAACUUGGUGGAGUAAUUUUUUUCUUUAUCUUAAUUUUGAUUUUAAUGCAAAGAGAAGUAAAUGUUCAAUUUUCCAAAGAGGAAUCAAGGAUGGAAAGAAACUUGAAAAACAAAAACAAAGUGUUUGAUUUAAUGUUAGAAGCUGUAAACAAUAUCAAAGAUGUAAUGCCAAAAAUGCAAAUAGGAGCACCUGUCAGGCAACACAUUGAUGCCAGGGAGAGACCCUGCCUGCCAGGAUAUUACACAGCAGCAGAACUGAAACCUGUUCUCGACCGCCCACCUCAGGACUCCAACGCACCCGGUGCAUCUGGCAAGGCCUUCCAGACAACCAAUUUAAGUAUUGAAGAGCAAAAGGAGAAAGAACGCGGGGAAGCAAAGCACUGCUUUAAUGCUUUUGCAAGUGACAGGAUUUCUUUACACCGAGACCUGGGACCUGACACUCGACCUCCUGAAUGUAUUGAACAAAAAUUUAAACGCUGCCCUCCCUUGCCUACCACCAGUGUCAUAAUAGUUUUUCAUAAUGAAGCGUGGUCCACGCUGCUUAGAACUGUCCACAGUGUGCUCUAUUCUUCACCUGCAAUACUGCUGAAGGAAAUCAUUUUGGUGGAUGAUGCUAGUGUAGAUGAUUACUUACAUGAAAAACUAGAGGAAUAUAUCAAACAAUUUUCUAUGGUAAAAAUAGUCAGACAAAAGGAAAGGAAAGGUCUGAUCACCGCUCGGUUGCUAGGAGCAGCAGUAGCAACAGCUGAAACGCUCACAUUUUUAGAUGCUCACUGUGAAUGUUUCUAUGGUUGGUUAGAGCCUUUGCUGGCCAGAAUAUCCGAGAACUAUACUGCUGUUGUGAGUCCAGACAUUGCCUCCAUAGAUCUGAACACAUUCGAAUUCAACAAACCUUCUCCUUAUGGUAGUAACCAUAACCGUGGAAAUUUUGACUGGAGCCUUUCAUUUGGCUGGGAAUCACUUCCUGAUCAUGAGAAGCAGAGAAGGAAAGAUGAAACCUACCCAAUUAAAACACCCACUUUUGCAGGAGGCCUUUUUUCCAUAUCAAAAGAAUAUUUUGAGCAUAUUGGAAGUUAUGAUGAAGAAAUGGAAAUCUGGGGAGGUGAAAAUAUAGAAAUGUCUUUCAGGGUAUGGCAGUGUGGUGGGCAGUUGGAGAUUAUGCCUUGCUCUGUUGUUGGACAUGUUUUUCGCAGCAAAAGCCCUCAUUCCUUUCCGAAAGGCACACAAGUGAUUGCUCGCAACCAAGUCCGCCUUGCGGAGGUUUGGAUGGAUGAAUACAAGGAAAUAUUUUAUAGGAGAAAUACAGAGGCAGCCAAAAUUGUUAAGCAAAAAUCAUUUGGUGAUCUUUCCAAAAGAUUCGCAAUAAGAAAACGCUUGCAGUGUAAAAAUUUCACAUGGUAUUUGGACACCAUUUAUCCAGAAGUGUAUGUGCCAGACCUUAAUCCUGUUAUAUCUGGAUAUAUUAAAAGUGUUGGUCGGUCUCUGUGUCUGGAUGUUGGCGAGAAUAAUCAAGGAGGCAAGCCACUGAUUCUGUACACGUGUCAUGGCCUUGGGGGAAAUCAGUACUUUGAAUAUUCUGCUCAACAUGAAAUCCGGCACAGCAUCCAGAAAGAAUUAUGUCUCCAUGCUACUUCAAGUCUGCUUCAGCUGAGAGUAUGUGCCUACAAAGGUCGCAAGACCAUUGUCACUGGAGAGCAGAUAUGGGAAAUCCAGAAGGAUCAACUGCUAUAUAAUCCAUUCUUAAAAUUGUGCCUUUCAGCAAAUGGAGAACAUCCAAACUUAGUGUCAUGCAGUCCAUCAGAUCCACUCCAAAAAUGGAUUUUUAACCAAAACAAUUAAGUGUUCCUUAAAGUUAUGGGGUUGAAAAAGAGAUAUUCUUUCUCAUAAAACUGUGACUAGGCAUACACUGUAGUUUGGGGAAAUUAUGCAAAAGCAGCUAAUUGUAACUUAUUCCAAGUGCAUUUUUCUUAUUUAUAUCUCAAAUGUCUAUGUAGCACAGCUACAGAAAUCCUAUUCUGAUUUAAAGCACAAUAACUAGUAAUACCAAAGACCAUUUUGAAAUGUCCAGAUGUAGAAGAGAUGUUUACAGAAUGAUGACGAUAAUUUUCUUAGUAAAGUGAUCUUUGUGUAUUUGUACACUUGAGGAUAUGCAUAGCUACAUUCAUAUACUUACUAUAUAACUUCCCCUCGUUUUGAGGGGAGGAAUGAAAAAGAUCUGAUACUAUAUUUUUUUAACUAUAUAGCAAUGGAUCAGUGAAGGUCAGACAGUGACCUUUGUGUAAAAACCAGGAAAUUUUUAUAGAUCUAGAAUUUAUUAUUUUAAAAUGCAGGUAAAAUUAUUUUGCCUUUUGUUUUAUUGUCUGUCAGGUGUUUCCUUAAAUAUGAAGUUGAAUAAGAAGAAGAUAUUUUUAAACACUUAAAUUUCUUGGGAAAUUUUAAAAUAUUUUUAAAAUCUGAAUCCACUCUACUUGAUGCACUUAAUGGCUUUUAAGUAAAUAUACUGUGUGCUUUUCCAAAGCAAUUUUAAAACUUUAUAAAUUAUUAUCUGUUAAAAGGUGUCCUUUUCCUACCUUACAGUCUUUUUUUCUUACCAAAAUUUACUAAUCUUGAAUGUUUAUGACAUUGACUUUUAAAUGCAGAAUACUUGACUCAGUGCUAAAUUUUUUUUGUUAUUGAUUCGUUAUAGAUUGUCUUUGUAAUGAAUUUUUUCAUAAAAACUUAUUUUUAUCUAUGUGGAAAAUACAAUAAAAAUCUUAAUUACUGUUAUAA